CUUUUCUUUUUUUUUUAUUAUAUUAAAAAAUAAAUACACACUAUAAAUAAUAAUGGCUACUGAACGUGAAGACAAGGUCUAUAUGGCCAAGAUUGCUGAACAAGCUGAGCGUUACGAUGAAAUGGUCAACUUUAUGAAGGAAGUGGUCCAGUUGAAUGUUGGUUUAACAGUUGAAGAACGUAACCUUUUAUCCGUCGCGUACAAGAAUGUCAUUGGUGCUCGUCGUGCUUCAUGGAGAAUCGUUUCAUCUAUUGAACAAAAGGAAGAUAGUAAAGGACAUGAUGCCCAAGUGACAAAGAUUAAAGGAUAUAGAAAUAAGAUUGAAAAUGAAUUAUAUGAAGUAUGUAAUGAUAUUUUGAAGCUCUUGAAAGAACACUUGAUUCCUUCUGCUCAAGAUGGUGAAGCCAAGGUUUUCUACUACAAGAUGGAAGGUGAUUAUCAUCGUUAUGUCGCUGAAUACGCAACCGGUGAAGCUCGCAAGGCCUCAGCAAACGAAGCCUAUGAAGCCUAUAAACAAGCUACCGAAGUUGCUCAGACUGAAUUAACAACAACACAUCCCAUCCGUCUUGGUCUUGCUUUGAACUUUUCUGUAUUCUAUUACGAAAUUUUCAACUCCCCUGAACGUGCUUGUGCAUUAGCCAAACAAGCCUUUGAUGAUGCUAUUGCUGAACUCGAUACCUUAAGCGAAGAAUCUUACAAGGACUCCACCUUAAUUAUGCAAUUAUUGAGAGACAACUUGACCUUAUGGACAUCAGACCUUCAAGAUGCCGAUAAGGCAGAUGAUGAGGAUGCAACUGCCGGUGCCCAAUAAAAAAUAAAAUAAAAAUAAAAUAUUUUCUUUUGUUGUUGUUUGAAUAAUAAACAUAAUUUUAUAUAUAAAUAUA